UUCAUUUUCUGUAACCACUUGCUCGCACCUCUGAUUUCCCCUUCAGUUUCCAGCUCCGGCCCUCAUCUCCGAUGAGGCUUCGUCCCUCACAGUCUCAGUUUCAUUCUAGAAGACAACGUGGAUAUAUUCAUCAAAAUUCGCAACUUCAUCCUGCCCAGUAAUUCAGUAAAUCGUUUUGGGAGAAAUCGACAACCAUAUUUGCCAUUCUUAACAACAAUUUACAGGCUCCCAUGAGGUACAAGCAACUCUGGAUCACAUUGAAAUAUGUGAUAAUCAUGAAGAAUGCGCUGCUCGCCAUGAGCAGAUCAAGCUGACAAAAGGUUUCGUAGCCAAGGAGCCAGUGAAAGGGCACAUGGUAAAUGUUGUUAAAGGACUCAAGAUGUACGAAAACAUAUUUACUGAUCCAAAACUUUGCAAGCUGGAUGGCUUUGUUCAUGAACUCCUAGCUGCUGGUCAAAAUGGAGAACUCCUAGGUGGUACAUAUGUUUUGUUUAACAAACAGAUGAAGGCGAAUAAAAGGGAGCAAAUUCAGCUUGGUGUUCCAAUAUUUGGACAAAUAAAAGAUGACACUAUGAGAAAGUUGAUGAACUCAAGGAGUUGUGGAUUACAUAUGUCGGAGAUCAACACAAAGCACAAAUGAUGAAUGAGUUCUAACUUUCCGCCUAAUUUUUUAACUUAAUCCACUUUUGGACAUACAUUAUAUUUUUGGAUUUGGAUAUUGAUAUCAUGUAGAUGUGGCUAUAGGAUAGAUUUGAUCUUGUUUAUGAUUUAGAUUAAUAUUGAUAUGUAUAUAUAGUAGUUUUUUUUAGAAGUUUAGACUUAUGAAUAUUAGUUGAAUUAUUUUGUGAUAUAAAGAAUUUUUGAAGUUUGGAAUAUGAUAUUCAAUUUAUUUGUUGUAA